AAAUGUUCCUGUUACUCUGACCAGGUCAGUAGUUUACCAUCAGUGUUGUCAGUUGUCACACAACCUAGACUCAAACAAACCUCAACGACUCUAUGUCCGCAACGCUUCUCGAAAACGUUGGCUUACGUUCGUCAGAACUUCUCUUCACACGGCUGACUGACGAACAGCAACCAUGGGGACAUUCCGGUUCGGUCGAUUGAGGUCACUCCUCCUUGCCACGGGCGCCAUUUUUCUGAUCUCGACCUUUUAUCUGUACUGGACCCCAGCACCAGCAUCCGUGGUCCCUAGCACCGCAUUUGAAGUCCCUCUCGCCGAACGUCAGAUUGCCUUUUGGAAAGCCCUCAAGUCCGUCCUAGAAAAGAAUGCGCCAAACUGUCCCUCACCAGUUGCCCGGGCCGAUGCUCAUGCGGUCCAUUUCAAUGCCACCUCAACCGAUGCGCGACUGGAUUUAACCCUCCUGAACGACGACGAUCGAAAGGCGAUGGAAGAAGCGCAUGCGAAUUAUAUUCGCGAUGUCCGGGUGUCGAAAAAGCUGCGCUCACCCCACACUGCUGGAACGCGCGGCUUGGUUUCGACUGCGGGGAAUUCAUACCUGCCGGUGUUUCUGUCGUCGUUACGGAUGCUGCGCCGUACAGGAUCUACCUUACCGGUAGAAUUAUACAUGAAGGAUGCAACCGAAUACGAGAAGAAGAUUUGUGAGGGCGUGCUUCCCGAUCUAGGUGCAAAGUGCGUGGUCCUUUCAGAAAUCGUCGGGAGAAACCCUAUCGCGCAUUACCAACUCAAGGUCUUUGCGAUUCUAUUUUCGUCGUUCGAGGAGAUCAUCUGGAUGGAUGCGGACUGCUUCCCGUUGCACAAACCUGAAGAGCUGUUUGACUCGGAACCCUUCAAGACCAACGGCUUGGUCACUUGGCCCGACUUCUGGGUGUCGACUGCAUCUCCGGCAUACUUUGAACUCUCCCGGCAACCAAUCCCACCGGUGUCUGCUCGACAGUCGUCUGAGACGGGCGUUUUUCUGGUGUCUAAGGAGGCUCAUGUGACAACGCUCUUAUUGGCCGCCUACUACAAUUAUUACGGGCCGUCGCAUUACUUCCGGCUGCUGUCGCAAGGAGCUCCAGGGGAAGGGGACAAGGAGACGUUUCUGCAGGCAGCAACGGCACUGGGGGAGCCGUUCUAUGCUGUGAGCGAGAGAGUGCAGGCCCUCGGUCAUUGGAAGCCGGACGGCCAAGGACUCUCUGGCUCGGCCAUGGCCCAGGCAGACCCGGUGGAAGACUAUGCCUUGACCAGUCAGGACAAACGGCGGAUCAUAGACCCCUCCGUGGCGAAAGCCCCUCGCGUGUUCUUCAUACAUGCGCAUUACCCCAAGUUCAACCCGGCAGAGAACGUCUUUGGAACGAAGUGGGACACGACCCCGACACUUAAAGCUGAUGGCUCGGACGGACGUGCCUGGACUGCACCGGAAGACGUCGUUAGUCGUUUCGGCUACGAUGCUGAGAAGAAUUACUGGGAGGAGAUUAAGUGGGUCAGUUGUGAUCCCAAGACUGACUUCCAGACAUGGAAAAACAAGACGGAGGUUUGCCAGAAGGUCGAGAGUUACUGGCAGAACGUGUUCGCCGAACCACAUGAGGACGAUCCAAAAUUUACCGAUGAUUGAACAGCCCGAGGAUCUUGAAGCCAUUCUCAAGGGAGUCCACGGCCAGUCCUCGCCAUUUUCUUUGAACGUACUAGGGUUCCUGCCCACCUGCAUCCUACGGAGUCAUUUGACGGGCUUCGCCAUUGGACAUUCGAGCAUAACAUGCUUCUCAUGAGUUGAUGAUCAUUUAUACCGCCAUUUGUAUCGUAUAUAUCCCUUCUAAUCUUGCAUGUACAUUAUUUGUGACCAUACUUUUCAUGUAGCAUGUACACAGAUUGCACAGAUUACGGCCUAUAUGCAGCCGAUUUGAUUCGUCU